AUGGAUCCAGACAAAGAAGAAGUUGACGUAUUUUUUGACCCAAUCCCUCUGCUGCCAGAGGAGGAGGAGGAAGAGGAAAAACAGGAGGAUGAGGAGGAAGAGGAGGACGAGGAGGAAGAUGCCAAGAUCUUCAACGCUUGGAUGCACCGUUACAGAGGUGGAGAACUUCAGAAGAAAUCUACUGAGGAAGAGGAGGUGGAAGAGAAGUCAGAGGGAGGAAGACCUGAGAGCAGAAGAAGCUUAGAAGCUCCGGUCCAGAUGAAGGCCGACCGCCGGGCGUCACUGCCGUGUCCGUCAACGCUCUCUGCCAUGCAGCUGUCUCGUCUGCACUCGUCCACUCGAGCUCCGUUAACGGCCAAGGUGUUGCUGCAUCGGUCGUCCUCCCGCCGCCUCCUUCCAUCCCCGCAGGAAGCCACCAUCCCCACCACUGAGCGAAGACCCUCCCUCAUACCCACAAUCCCAGAGGCCACGCCCUCCGUGAGGCGGAGCCAGUUCAGGAGACGAAACGUCAUGUCUCUGAGUGACGCCUACAGCGUGUGUCUUAUCUGUCACAACGACUUACAGCAAGGCAGUGGAGGAACCAGAGAGCUGCAGUGUUCACACACCUUCCACAAAGAGUGCAUCGAGGAGUGGUUGUGGAGGAAACAGUCAUGUCCAACGUGUCAUGUCCAGGUGUUGGUCCCUCAGCCCGUCUACUGGAGCUCCACCCGGGUCAAGGUGCCCUGAAGCUCACCUGGACACACCUGGAACCACUGGUAGUUUAUAUGAACUACAGACUUGUUCUUCCAAUGGUGACCUAUCAGACUGACCCAGCCACUCCUUAAUGUUGGGAACCAGAGGUUGAAACACAUUAAACUACUAGGAGAGGAUGCAGUGAAAGAUUCUUGUAAUAAAUCCUGGAUUUUGUUCUUUUUCUAUUACAGGUAACACACCUGUAAUAGAAAGUCCUUCCUCCUGAUUGACUCAGAGUCAGCUUCUAUCUACAGUCAAAUAUAGUAACAAUCAUAUUUAAUGAAACAUUAAAAUAAAUUAGGAACCGGCAGGAACCUCGUCUUAUUCUGAAGCUCCAUCUGAUUAUUAAAAUAAAUUAGAAACCAGCAGGAACCUCGUCUAGAAGAUGAUCCUGGUGUCAAAUGUGGGUAAAAAAGGUAAAAUUUAAAAAAAAAAGAUGUACUUUAAUUCUCU